AUGACCGUCACAUACGAUACUCCCCCUCGUGGGUCACAUGGCUCCAUGGCAAGCCUCGAGGACCGAUUCGAAGUGAUCAAGGAGAUUGGCGAUGGAAGCUUCGGUAGUGUUGCCGUUGCUCGUGUACGGACCGCCGGUGCCCAUAUCGCCCGGAGAGGAACCAUGGUUGCGAUCAAAACAAUGAAGAAGACAUUCGAUUCAUUGGGUCCUUGUCUGGACCUACGAGAGGUCAUUUUCCUCCGAACAUUACCAAUUCACCCUCACCUCGUCCCUGCCCUCGACAUCUUCCUCGACCCUCACUCCCGCAAGCUUCACAUCUGCAUGGAAUACAUGGACGGCAACCUAUAUCAGUUGAUGAAGGCCCGUGAUCACAAAUAUUUUGAAGGCAAGCAUGUCAAGAGCAUUCUCUACCAGAUCUUAUCGGGUCUAGAUCACAUACAUGCACACGACUUCUUCCACCGCGACAUCAAGCCCGAGAACAUCCUGGUGUCAACUUCCGCCCCCAACGACUCCGCAUUUAGCCGCUACUCUAACCUUGUUACUCCCCCUUCUACUCCUCCUGUCUACACGGUCAAGAUCGCCGACUUCGGUCUUGCACGUGAGACUCACUCCAAACAACCAUACACAACAUAUGUCUCUACCCGCUGGUACCGCGCACCUGAGGUGCUUCUACGAGCCGGAGAAUAUUCUGCUCCAGUCGAUAUGUGGGCAAUGGGCGCUAUGGCAGUUGAAAUCGCUACCUUGAAGCCCUUAUUCCCCGGAGGCAAUGAAGUUGAUCAGGUCUGGCGUGUGUGUGAGAUCAUGGGCAGUCCAGGAAACUGGUACAGCAAGUCAGGUGCAAAGAUUGGUGGAGGUGAAUGGCGUGAAGGAUCACGCCUAGCCCACAAGUUGGGUUUCACAUUCCCCAAGAUGGCACCCCACGCAAUGGAAUCUGUACUUCAGCCCCCUAUGUGGCCUGCCGCAUUUAGCGAGUUUGUCACAUGGUGUCUCAUGUGGGAUCCCAAGAACCGUCCCACCUCGACCCAGGCGUUGAACCACGAGUACUUUGCCGAUGCAGUUGAUCCUGUGCGGCCUAAGUCCUCCACCUCGUCCCGACUGCUCGGUCGUAAGCAGUCCGAGAAGAGCUUCAAGUCCCCAACUCUUACCCCUGGUGACUCUCCUACAUUGUCAUCCAAGCCCUCGUGGUUCCGGCGAUCAUUAAUCGUUCGUUCAGACAGCCCUGCACCUACUGUUGAGGAGACUCCUGCUCGGCCAACCCCGGUUACCCAGGUCACUGUGCCUGAGAUCCAGCCUGUCAAGCCGCGUCCCGUGAACGCUAAAAGGGCCACCUGGGCAAACGGUGCGCCUAUGCCAAUUCUUCCUUCUAUUCGCCCUGUCUCCCCCCUCUCCAACUCCGUCACUGCCCAGGCAAAUGCUACUGUGGCACACAGCCAAUCCUCCAAGUCCUCCAAUACUUCAGCUAGCUCAAAGAUCGGGCGUCAAUUGUCCGUCAACUCCAAUGGGAACCACUACUCAGAUGCCAAUCGCCAAGAAGCCGAAAGGAUGCUCAAUGGCUCCGGAAGCAAUACUCCCACCACAAAGGAGAGCUUCUUCUCGCACCUGCGCAAGCGGGCUCGCAGAUUGUCUGGUCGAAACCAAUCGGCACCUUCGGAUGACGUCGAAGCCAACGCAGGAUGUAUUCCUUGGUCUAACCGUUCCUCCAUGGCAUUCGAUGGACCUACCAGUGACCCAAAGCAAGGUUCCGACUUGAGUGAGCUGGACAAGGCUCUUCAAAGUGUCAAGUACACACUGGACUCAUCGACACUGGGCAACGUUCCAGUGCAUUUGCACAACGGCGCUGAUAGCAACUCUGUUAAACGUCAAUCAAUGCCACAAGCAACCGGCAACAACGUCGCUCCGAUCUCCAGCAGGACUCGCCGUGCUAUGCAAAUGUCUACACACCCGGUUCACCGGUACGAGACUCCCGAAGAGGAAGAUGAGUUGCUCGACGAGGUGCUUCACUCCGCUAGCAAGGCGGCUAGGCGCCUCGCCCAGUCCCAGUCAACGAGUGCAGACUCUCUUAAUGCUGCGCAUCGCCGGUCAGCGAACUCUCAUUCACCGCAGCAUCCCUAUCCUACACCGUCACCAACAGCCAAGGAAAGUGCGGCGUUUGGCCAGCAAUCGACACCUCACAAGUUGAACAUGCACAAGAUUGAUCCCGCAGCCAAUCGUCAUUGGCCGACACCUCCCUAUGAAGAGGCCGAAUAUCACAAUAAGAAGUCUGACUACUUCGCUCGUGGAUCCAACUUUAUCUAA